GCAGAAGGUGGGCUGGCUGCGGGGCGGCCGCGCGCUGGGGCCAUGCCGCGCUCCUUCCUGGUGGACUCGCUAGUGCUGCGAGAGGCUGGCGAGAAGAAGGCUCCCGAGGGCAGCCCGCCGCCGCUCUUCCCCUACGCCGUGCCCCCGCCGCACGCGCUGCACGGUCUCUCGCCUGGUGCCUGCCACGCGCGCAAGGCCGGGCUGCUGUGCGUGUGCCCGCUCUGCGUCACCGCCUCGCAGCUGCAUGGGCCCCCCGGGCCGCCCGCGCUGCCUCUGCUCAAGGCGUCUUUCCCACCCUUCGGCUCGCAGUACUGCCACGCGCCCCUGGGCCGCCAGCACUCCACUGUGUCGCCCGGGGUCGCUCACAGCCCGGCCGCCGCUGCCGCCGCCGCCGCCCUCUACCAGACGUCCUAUCCGCUGCCUGACCCCAGGCAGUUCCACUGCAUCUCUGUGGAUAGCAGCUCGAACCAGCUGCCCAGCAGCAAGAGGAUGCGCACGGCUUUCACCAGCACGCAGCUGCUGGAGCUGGAGCGCGAGUUCGCCUCUAAUAUGUACCUGUCCCGCCUACGUCGCAUCGAGAUCGCGACCUACCUGAAUCUGUCCGAGAAGCAGGUGAAGAUCUGGUUUCAGAACCGCCGAGUGAAGCACAAGAAGGAGGGCAAGGGCAGCAACCAUCGUGGCGGCGGCGGCGGGGGUGCAGGUGGUGGCGGGAGCGCACCGCAAGGCUGCAAGUGCGCAUCGCUCUCCUCAGCCAAGUGCUCCGAGGAUGACGACGAAUUGCCCAUGUCUCCGUCCUCCUCAGGGAAGGACGACCGGGAUCUUACGGUCACUCCCUAGGCGC